UUACCGUUUAUCUCUGAACAUGACUGGCAAACACGGGAGCUUCGUCACAUGCAGAGGAUACAAGAUGUGAAAGUAUGCCUGAGCUUUAUCACGGAGUCGAUUGAGGAUUACAACAAGCUGCAGUACCAGCAGAGUAAGGCGCUGGCAUGGAAGCGCUAUAUCGACUGUGAUGGCCUGCCACGGGUAUCUGACCCGCCAGAUAUCCGUAAAAUGAUAGCCGAAUUGAAUCAUUUCGAGGAGUUGGAAACGACGUCGACGGUCAGUUGGGAACUGGCUGUGGAUGAACGCAGCGUUCUCUCGCAGAGCAUCUUCCGGCAGGACCUGACGCGCCGAACACUCCAGGAGACUCUCCGCCCCAAUAUCGGCAAGUUCUUUGAGGAGGCUGUGUCGCGUAUUCUCAUUACUCUCGAACGCAUUGAAUGCAUGCUAAACAACGAGUACGACUUGAGUAAUCUCUCAAACGAACGGAUCAUUGAAAUAUUAUGUGUGCGUCCAGAGCUGAGUCGGGAGAUCGAUGUGCUCUUUGAUAAGCUCACCUACCGCAUUGUUUCAGCACCGAGUGCCUUCAGAACGUCAUACGAUGGUAUAAAGGAAACCUAUUGCUACAAUUGCUCCAAUUUUAAUUAUCAACUCUGGUGGCUUAGCGAUGUGCCCGUGCGCUUCGAGUACAUGGAACUACCCCUAAUAGUGGCCGAUUUGGACGGUGUGGGCAUUAAGGUGCAGAUACCGCUUAGUGUUUUAUGUGACAAUCUAACUCUGCGCUGUGUCCACACCCUCUUCGAUCAUUUGUCGGAGGAAGCGAAAAGCUAUGAGCAGGUCAUCCAUGGCGCGGUGAAUAUCAACGGGGGCAUAAUGGACAUCGAGGAUUGUCUGGUCAACGAAUGGCUGAUGCAGUUGAAUAUUCUCGACAAAAUAAUAUCAGAAUUAGAACAAACGUUAACCGAAUAUGAGCAAUAUAUGGCAGAGGUAGCCCAAAAGGAAGCAACAACUCGAUUGGACGAAAAAAGAACAAAAAAAGCUGGUAACAGAAAAGAACCUAAAUCAAAACAUUUAGAGAAAAGGAUUGUAAAGCCGCCUGAAAUGUUUCCGGAGGGUAUGUUUCCUGAUCCCUUACAGACGUUUAUAGAGCAAGAGCAACAGGAGUUUGACGAUUUCUUAAAUCAGUUUCUAAAUCCUGAAAAUUUGAACUUGGCUCCUGAUGAGAUCAAUUUGCGACAAUAUAAUAUUUUGGGAGGCCUCUAUUCGAUGCACUUUGUGCGAAAGCCUCUGCACAAGGCCUUUGAAAGGUUCAACAUAACCCUGCACGAGGAUGGACGAAUACUAUAUACCCAGCAAGAUGUGCGAGCAGAUAUUGGCAGUCGCAGAGCUACGGGUCUAAAGUCACGAUUUAACUAUACCCAAGCAAUGGAAUCACCGGAGAAUCGACACUUAAAACUGAACCCAGAUGAGGUUUCAUAUUUCUGUUUGACCUUCCAAUUGCCAGAGAUGCUGUGUCUAUUCGGGGAGCCCGUGGUAUGUCAGUUUAUCGAAGAGGAGAUCGACGAUAAUGAGUCAGACGAGGUUUCGAUUGAAGCUGGAGAAGUCCACAAACACAAAAAGAAACAUAAAAAGCAUUCAAUUGCAAAGAUAGGUCAGGAAAGUAGGAAGAGUAAAAUGCGAACAUCGGGGGGCUUGGAAGAACGUCUACCCAGACCUAAUAUGACGCUCAUCAAACGAAAGUCGAUGAAUGUUACAAAUAUCUAUCGUCCCUCUGUCAUAAGUGUACUUCGUAACAACUUUACGCGCCUCUCUAGCACCAUUGAAGGCGAAUUGCAUGACUUUGAGGUGGACGGUAAGCAGGGAAAACCUCUAACUCCCCUUCAAGUCCAUGAGCUGGCACGAUAUUGUAUGCCUCGUAUAUUGUCCUCGUUCAAGUUUCCGAUGGAGUUCCGCUUGGAGCGAACCGAAGAAGUGGCCCAGAGAGCUAGGCGCGGCUGCACGCUGUUGCGUCGGCAUCACGUCGAGCCCAAGGUGGUCCAAGAAGACCAGAAGCCAGAGUUUUUCAGCUAUGAUAAGCAGACAGGGCCCGAAAGACUAUUUCCCAUUUUCGAUCAACAUGAGCCAUCGAAAUUUCUCGUUGAAGAAUCAGAUAUAGAUUCGUUAGAAAGCAAACAUGUGAAAGUCCGUCGUACAAGCAAAACUCAGGACCCGAGUGAUCCCACAAAGGUCACAUUUUAUGGGAUACUGCACACUUUAGAUGGAAUCGAAGAAAAGUAUAUGACUCGUACAAAAGCAAUAAUGGAUCAGUCGUUUGGCACUAAAGGUUUACGGCUAGCCCCAUCAGAUAUGCGGACAAAGUCAUCUUCAAAUCGCAUGUCCGUAAUGAACAGUAAACUAACCUCACUUAUAAAGACCUCACGCUCGUCCCAUUCGGGUCAUAUUUAUAUUGAUUUACGGUCAGGCAGCGAAACAGCCAGCAUAACCUCCUACGAAUCUGUGACCACAAAAAAAUCAGUAAAGGAGUCUCUGAAACCAAAAAAAAAGCUACCCAAAGUGAAACACUGGACCACUAGAUACAUAAAGCACACCGAGUUCUUACCGGAAUCUUGCACAUUCAAGAUACAAACAGACCGAUUGGGCGUAUUUGGUUUUGCAUUCAAGAGCUACGAGCACUUUCCCUUCAAAGGCUGGUCCCUGAAAUACAACAAGGAUAAUAUCAACGAAAUCAUAUUUACAUUGGACACCUGUCAUGUGCGCGUCAUCUUGUUCAUAACCAACGCGGGCAUCCGGGGUUACGCAACAAAGAUAAUUGAGGAAUAUGUUGCCAAUCCGAUCAAGUAUCUGGAAAUCAAAGAGCCCACAUCAGACUUUACUGAGUUGCGUAGGCGCUUCUGCGAGAAUAACAUCAAUAUAUUUGCAGCGCACGAUGCCUGCUACUAUAUUGAGAAAGGUUACUUCUCGCAGAAGCAUCUGGCAACUGAGUUGCAUGUCUACGAUGCCUUUGCCAUCCACUGCAAGCUGAUCAAAUUCUAUCGCUGCGAUUGGAAUCGUUUGGCUCCUCGCCGAGAUAUAUUGCUCUGUUUGCGUAAUCCCAAAGAUGUGAACGAUGGUGCGGAUGUCACGAUUCGCGUAACGCCCGAUAACUCAACAUUUGUGGAGGUCAGUGAGUCAUGUAUGGAUGAUGUCGAUGAGAUUAAGCUAAGCUAUCACCUCACUUGGCGCAACAUUGGAAUUUAUUCGGAUGUGCAUCACCUGAUCAACUCAAUGUAUCCACAGGCGACGGAUGUGAGAAAUCGUGAUCCCAAGCUAAUUCACUACAUACGCACACUGUUCAAGGAGAUCAGGCCUUUAAGUUUCUCCUAGUUGGGGAUAGAUGCUGAGAGGAGUGCCCUUUCCAUAUGUAGCUUUAAUAAAAACGCAUACGCUUCUCCAAUUGACGUCAAUUAAAACCAAUUUGUAAA